GAUAUAGAGGGAGAACAAGACACGUAUGUGACUGAUAUAAAGGCAGAAGAUGUAGAGGGAGAAGAAGAGACGUAUGUGACUGAUAUAAAGGCAGAAGAUAUAGAAGGAGAAGAGAUGUAUGUGACUGAUAUAACGGCAGAAGAUAUAGAGGGAGAAGAUGGGACGUAUUUGACUGAUAUAAAGGCAGAAGAUACAGAGGGAGAAGAAGAGACGUAUGUGAGGGGUGAUCAGCAGUGUAAGGAGGAGGAGAUCCCUACAGAUAUCGGCACAGCAGACGGACACACAAGCAGGAAUAUCUCAGAAGGACAUCUAAUGUUAUCCCCGGAUUGUGACAUAAAAGAUAAUGACAGUAGACAGGAUUCUUCAGGAGAUAAUCCCAUUACACCAGUUAUACAUCCAGCUUUAUCAGCUGAUCCCUCUGAUCCUGGGAAAUGUUCUCCUGAUCACUCUGAUAUUGGUGCAUCUGUUACAGCUCUGAGAGUAGAUACAGUGUUUCCCUGUUCUAUAGAUGCCAAAUGUUUUACACAGAACACAAAGCCUAUUAACCAACACACAGGUAAGGCAGGUGAGAGGCCACUGAUAUGUUCUGAGUGUGGGAAAUGUUUUACAUACAAAGCAGCUUUUGUUACACAUCAGAAAACUCACACAGGUGAGAAACCAUUUCCAUGCUCUGAGUGUGGGAAAUGUUUUACAUACAAAUCAGCUUUUGUUACACAUCAGAGAUAUCACACAGGUGAUAGGCCAUUUCCGUGUUCUGAGUGUGGAAAAUGUUUUAUACAAAAAUCACGUCUUGUUAUACACGAGAGAAGUCACACUGGUGAAAAACCAUUUACAUGUUCUGAGUGUGGAAAAUGUUUUAUUCGAAAAUCAACUCUUGUUAUACAUGAGAGAAGUCACAAUGGUGAGAAACCAUUUCCAUGUUCUGAGUGUGAGAAAUGUUUUAUAUAUAAGUCACAACUUGUUAGACAUGAGAGAUAUCACACAGGUGAGAAACCAUUUCCAUGUUCUGAGUGUGGAAAAUGUUUUAUUCAAAGCUCAGCUCUUUUUAUACAUAAGAAAAGUCACACAGGUGAGAAACCAUUUCCAUGUUCUGAGUGUGGGAAAUGUUUUAUACAUAAGUCACAACUUGUUACACAUCAGAGGAGAAGUCACAUAGGUGAAAAACCAUUUCCAUGUUCUGAGUGUGGAAAAUGUUUUAUACAUAAGUCACAUCUUAUUACACAUCAGAGAAGUCACACAGGUGAAAAACCAUUUCCAUGUUCUGAGUGUGGGAAAUGUUUUGUAAACAAAUCAGCUCUUGUUAGACAUGAGAGAAAUCACACAGGUGAGAAACCAUUUCAAUGUUCUGAGUGUGGUAAAUGUUUUGUACAGAAAUCAGAUCUUGUUACACAUGAGAGACGUCACACAGGUGAGAAACCAUUUCUAUGUUCUGAGUGUGGGAAAUGUUUUGCACACAAAUCACAUCUCGUUAGACAUGAGAAAAGUCACAUGUUCUGAGUUUGAGAAGUAAAUCAGCUGUUUCACACAAUAGACAUCACACAGGUGAGGAACCGUUAUUAUCUCAUCAUCACCAUUGCCAUGCAAUGUUCCUCAAGGUCCUGUCCUAUCUCCUAUGCUUUUUGCAAUAUACCUGCUGCCACUAGGUGAAUCAAUCAGAUGUCAUGCCCUGGUCUACCACUGCUGUGCCGAUUACCUAUUUUUUGCUCUGUGUACUCGGAACCCAAUACCAAUCCUAAGUGGCUGUCUAGCUGAGCUCCAGGUGUGGGUGAUACCAGUUGGCUGUGACUAAGUUGUGGUGAAACAUCCUUAUGAUAGAGACUCACCUACAAAGGGCAAGGCUACUGCGUUACCAACCAAUAUGGGGGAAGCUUUCUGUCUGACCUCUCAUUACACAACGUAUCCUGAUCCCGGCUCUAUGUGACCUCUCACAUCUAUCACUUGUGUCACAUUACAUCUUAUACCUGUAGUUUUAUGUUUCUGUUUCCCUGUUACCUGUUCUGUAAGAUCACCUGCUCUCAUUGUGUGAGGGGGAG